AUGGGAAACUUUGUGAACAAGGAGCCCCCGCCGCCGAUGGUGCUAGUGCCGCCGAUUUUCGAUUUCCCUCCCCUCGCCGCCCGCACCAGGUGCCGAAUACGACUACCUACAUGCCGCUCAUCCAUCUUCCUCUCGGCUUACCAUCGCUGUCGGGUUUCUUCUUAGACGCAAAUGAUUCCAGCUGCCACGGGCUUCUGCGUGGAUCGUCACAAUUGCUUCUCUUCCUGUUCGUUGGAUGGUCCGGUAGAGAAAUUCCGUGGAAAACUCACAAACUCGUGCCCUCUUUCCGCAUUAUGCUAGGUUUUCGACGAAAACAAGUCCAGAUCACGGGAGGCGACCAUGUAUAGACGAUGUUCACCGCCAGCCUUGAUAUCUAGUGUGGAUAGCAUUGCUUGCUUAGGAAGAGUGAACAAAGAGAUGGCCCGAUGCCGCAAUGCUUAGCAUUCUGCGGUUUGGACGAGUGUCUCAUCAGAACAGUAGGGUUUUGGAGAUCGAGUCACUGAGAAGGGAGCAGAUCAUUUCUGAGAUAUCAUGCCUUCUGUCUGGGCUUUCAGAAACCCUCUCUUAGACUGCAUAGGAAUCUGUACAAUAAUUGGUAGCACAUCCUGCAUCUGGUUGGUGGUUGGAAUGUAGGGUCCUGCCCUCAUUCUUUAUGCUGCAUAGGGUCAGGCAUCCUAACAAAGGCUGUGGGCAUUGGAGCAGCUUGCACUUUUCACCGACCUGCACCAACUCAGUGUGCGGAAAGAUUUAUGUGGGUGAUGUGGAAGCUUUUGCGCACUGAGUUUUGUAAAUUUUGUGCUCCAAGUUACAUCUGUGCACGCCAUUUGGUUUUAUUUGACCGAAGGGAUUAAAUUGAUAUAUCAAACGUCAUAAUUGACUAAACAUUGUGUUAUUAUAAAGUUAUGACUUUGUUAAAAAAAAAUUCGUUAUAUUUUUUUUAGAAUUAUAAGUAAAAUAUUUUUUCACUACGAAGCUUCUCGCCAUAAAAUCUACGUUGUAAAAAUCAGUUCGGAAUAAAUCUGGAAAAACUGUUCCACUUUAAUCUCGAAAAGAUGCUGACCAUAAUUUUGAAUUCCUCAGUUUUUAACUAUCUUAUUUAGUUCUUAUUUUCUGUAACUGUACUCUUUUAUGUCAUCUGUAUGCAACUGUUCAAUCUUGUCAAACAGGAUCAACGUAAACUGAAUAACUAUUAUCUAGGUAUCAGUUUCUUUUGUCCUAUCAAUGCGAUCUUUGCCACCCAUUUCUCAAUUAAUGGAAUAUUCUGUUUUCUUUCAAAAAGAGGUGUUGGGGUGGUUAACCUGAUAUUGGUCUGAGCUGUCACAGGAUGUUGGUCCCCGCAUAUGACUUGUUGUUUGUAAAGCUAGCAUUGCAAUGCCUUUUUGAGGAUUAUUUUGAAGACGCAAGAAAUUUCAGCGCGAGAAUUAUGCUAAAGCCUCGCGAAGAUCCUCAUAUUGACUUGGUUACCACUGUAUCCAAUAGAAAACUUGACCUGUUUUUUAAUGGCAUUUAUUUUAAUUUUAUUUUUUACUGGUUUUUUCCUGAGAUGUUCUUUUUUAGCCGGUGGAAUUCAUGUUAUUUAAUGAGUACGGUCUUCUGUGUAGUUACUGAUGUUGGUUUUCUUAUGUCGUUUCCAUUUGAUGCUUACAAUUGAUUGCCCUGUCAAUUUGCAUACUAUUUUUUGACCUCAUUUGUCGAAAUCUAAUGAUGUCUGCAUGUUCCUGCAAGUUUUUUCACUAAUGUUGGCAUUGCUUCCUCAUCUCCAUCUCUUGUAAGUGGGCAGAAUAGUCAUCAAGAAAAUCACUUGAUCUUACCAUGUAAUUUUCUGAGGAUUAUUGAAGUGCUAGCACUUCUUCCCUUCCUCUAUAUAACAAUAACCCUGGCCCAAACCUGACUACGAUGGUUCUGGAAAUUGAUGUGACAUUCUUGGCACCAAACGCCACCGAAGAGACCUAAGCAUAUAGUAUUAUGUAGAACUCUCAUCAUUUUCACCUUUGGUACAUUCUCUAUUACUGACAUGAAUGAGCCAUUAACUCCUCAUGUGAUAUUCUUGAAAUCUUGCUGGAAACUCCUGGGAUGUACAUUUCGCUGAGGAUCUUACGGAACUUUCUCUUCUCUAGUACUUUUGCCCACCUUUUUGACUAUCCUCGAAGUAGAAAUAUGCACCACACUCGUCUAAUAUCACACCGAAGUAUUUAUUUCUGCAGAUACUUAUGUGCUUCUCUUGCCAUAUUUUUACCUCAUUUGAUAUAUUAUCCACUUUUUUCCGUGUGAUGAGGUUGGCUAUCUAAGUUUGCAUCAAAUUGUUUCCUUUUGAGCUUAUCAAUAAAUUUCCAAUGUCAUGUUGUCAUGGCCCAUAUCAUAGAAGCGCCACUCUAUCUUCCCUUUCCUCUUGUAGUAUUAUUUUCUGGAGGCAUUGUUUUAUUUCUGGUACGACAAGAUUUUGUUUUAUCAAUAACAUCUGUUUUCUCUCUGUUUCCCGCCGUGUCUGAAACUCGGUCUGAAUAUCUAAAACUUUUUUAGUAGUAAAAAGAAAAAAAGUGCAUUCAUUAGCAUAAUUAGGUAUCUGGACCACUUGAUGGGAGCAAAGAAGGAAAUGCAGUGUUCCGCUGGCAAAGGUUUUCUCCUACUUUAGUCUGGGUGGAUUACAUUUAAGAAUAAAAAUUAAAUUGUUAGAUUUUUUAUUUGAAUGAUUCAGGGAUUUGGAGGACCCAAAUUCGUUCGUGGAAGUGUCUGUCUCAACCUCAGAACCGUAAGGAUCUUCUUCUUCCUUCAGAAUAUAAUUCUUCACUUAUAUGUCCUGGAUCUUAUCUUGAAUCUUUCUUUGCCGACUCUUAGUCUCUCAUUCUGUGGCCUAUUUUAGAUUUAUUCGGUUCAAGUCGUGUGUUUACCUUCCCGAACUUGGGUUGGGAAUCUUUGGUAUCCUCCCAUUGCUAAUACAAAGGAGGUAUGCACAUUUUUCGUUUAUAUUUUCAUACUCAUUAGCUUAUUUUGCUCAUACCCUGUAAAGAGUUUGGAUUGUUUAACUCUAACUAGAUAAUAUAUCCUCUCUGUAGUAAUAAAAUCUUGAUUCACUUGUCGAACUUUCACUGAAUCUUCGUUUUGGUAUACCUGCUUGCUUGGGGGUCUAGUCCUUAAUAAAUCCACAUACUUGCGUCACAAAAUUCAUCAUUUUUAGUAGAAACUGGCAUAGAUUCUGACUCCAAGUAUCAUUCUAUAAAGGAAUUUGAUUUCUAGCAUAAGGUUGGACAGACCUAUUUAUCUUUUGUAAAAGACUUAGUGUCGUGAAUUUUGCAACUGUAACCAUUGGUGCAACAAGAUUACCAAUGAUUGCAGAUUAUAGGGCAAAUUGAUGUGGGUAUUGUUAUACCUUUUCUGAAAGAAAGCUCAAUUCUCUUUCGAUGUUCAGAUGUUGAUGGAUUGUCAAAAGUGUGAGAGAAACAGCCACUUUUAAUAACAUCAGUUUGAUGGACUUUUCGUCUCCCUUGGUUGAUAGAGAGAUUUUCUUCCCUCUCAUGAGAAAGCUUCUAUGAUUUUUCUUCAAUAGGAAAAUCCCUCAAUCUGGAGCUAGUGCGUUGAGGUCUUCAACUCGAGUGUAACUGUCCACCCUUUUUCUGAAGUGAUUUUAGAACCUUAAAUUUCAUAUCAAAGAGUUCGAUUUGACUUACCUUAUUUGAUAUGUUCUAUACACAGAUGUCCACGCACACACAUGGUUAGGUUCAUUGGAACCCAUUGUAAUACUGAGACUGAAUUUUGGAUAAAACCGAUACAAAAAUCCGACCUUUGUACAACUGACGUAGAUAGGCUUUCCCUGACCACCAUGGUAUAUAUUCACUGUAUUGCUGGAUCUUCUGUUGGUUGGGUUUUGAUGGAUGACAAUAAUGAUUCAAGUACAUAAUUUUCAUGCCAUAAACUAUGAAAAGAAUGAUUACUAUAAAUUGUAUACACGUUAAAUGUUAGGUAGGGUGUUUAGAAUUUCGAAGGUAGAUACACUCUAUCCUAGUAGAUGACUUUUUGGAUCCCUAGACUUGUGUUUUACAUGGACCUCCAUUAUUAGUUAUUGCUUGCAUUCUGCAUGUUCAAGUUUUUUUUUUCUUGAAUAACCAAACUAGCACCUUGGUUUUCUAGAACGCCAGGUUUUGGUUCCAUGAUCUCUCCAGGUCAAUUACAUCUGUACUCUUAAGAGAAUAAAAUGUCAGUGUAUUGCCAACUCUAAACUCAUGAAUUCUAUGUGAAACAUUGAGCCUGGGUCAACCUCUACCUUUGAAACCAUUGAUUCAAAUUGUUAGUCAUCUUGACAUUUAUUGCCUUUUUGGUUACUCAAUCUUUCAGAUAUCUGCCAUAUGCUCGUCAUGAAUCCUUUAUAUCUGGUGUUGCAAGUUACCUAUGUUUAUGUGCUCACUAUUUAUAAUUCGUUGUCUGUGGCUUAUUUUUAUAUUCUUCUACAAUGAACUUAAAUGUAUGAUAAAAUUCAUGUCUGGGUAAGCAUACCCGUACCAUAGAUAUUUCACUAGAAAUACUGAUCACAUGUCGCUGUCUUCUUUGAAUUGUUGUUCUUCGUAUUUUAUGUGUUUGAAUAUCUUGAGGCACUAAAUUGGCUGACAGGACUCAUUCAGAAAACAGUGGUUUCAUCGGUGUGAGAUAUGGAUCAGAAAACUUAUCCAUUGGGACAUCAUUGGCUCCUUUCUCGUGUACGUUGGAGUCUCCAAUCUGUAAACAUUAUCUAUCAAUAUUAUCCGACAUGAUGCCGAAUGAAAAUGUUGAUGGAUUGGAGAAAAGGACUAACUUAUCAUAUGCUUUUUUUCAUAUAAAUGAAAUAUAUUCUCCCUGGUGCAUCAGAAAUUUUCAAAUGCCAUGUUCUUGAUACAUCUUUAGGGAUGUCACAGUUUGAUUUUUUUUUUAUUCCGUGUCAUUUGCAAAAGCUUUCAUUCUCACCGUAGGUAUCUACAUUUCCCUGGAUAAAAAAUGAACUAGGAAGUGUCAGAAGCACUUGCCCUUCUGAGUGGCAAUUGUUCCUACACAUGGGCCCAUCAGCACUAUCAUUAUUAUUAUUGAAACAUGUUCUUCUCCAGUAGUGAUCAGCUUGUCAAAUGACUAGACAACUUCUGCUACUUGCCAUUAUUUUUCUUCCAUUUUCUUCUCCGGUGUCUUUGAUUCUCAAGCCCAUGCUGGGUGUUUUGAAGCUUGGUUCACACAGUCGCGUCAGUCUAUGCUAGAAUGGAGAGAAAGGUGGGGAAUGCUGAGUUAGCUGCUGCAUGAAGGGGCCAUGUCUUGAACAGUGCCCCAAACCCUAGGAGGAUAUGCAGAGCAAAAAACUCUUGUGUUCACAUCCUAGAUGACUGUUAUGUACGAGUACCAGGACCACAAAUAAGAAACAGAAGACCUGGAAACGAACCAACAAAAUAGGGAACUGUCGCACUAAGAACCGAACUCCUAAUUAUACAUUCUUUCUCAAAGGCAGUUGUACUGUGACUUGGGUUUUUCAGGCUUCUGGUUUUAUUUUUCUGGCCCAAAACCAAAAAAAUUGUCAGGACAUGCUGGUUUCAGGGCAGACCUGCCCUAUUGACAACACUUUCUAUGUAAUUCCUUUUUUUUUCCCGCUCUCUCUCUCUUCUACCUUGUGUCCACUCAACAUGAUACCACCUUUUCCCGCCAUUGCUACUAUGGUUUCCGUCCUUUAUUCAUUCCAAUAAUCUUUACCGGUUAAUGAAAAUCUACGAUUUUAAAAACAGCAUCGUGACACUAUACAUGCAUUGUCAUUGAUAUUGACAUAUUGGAUGUUACUCUCUCUGUAGUGUCUGCUGGAUUUCCAAGUUGUGCGUGGCUGGUCGGUAGGGCAGGGAGGUUAUGCGCCGGUGUGCUAUAUAAACCGCCAUGUGAGUUUUAAUUGCAGUGAUUUCUGAUCCGCUUGAUGCCUCAUAUACUGUUAGACCUUCUUGGGUCUUUAUCUGGUAGCCAAGGACGAAAUGUGUGAUUAAAAGAAAACACCAUCCAACAUGGGUACAAUUCCUGUGGGAGUGGUACUGUGUUAUAGUCAUACAUUCUUUUUAACAGCCAAAUUAAAAUUUGAUGCCUAUUUAUGUUGCCUAAUUCCGUUCUUAUUUGAUUUGUCGAAUAGUGUUCCUAGUUCUUGGAUCUAAGCCAAAUAUGAUUUAGUUCUGUGCAGAAAUUCAUAGCUAGUCUGGCAAAUCUGUUGCGAAGAAAGCUUUUUUUUUCACUAACGAUGUUCUCAAGUUCUGUGGUGAUAAAUUUUCAAAGUCUAUGCAUCUAUCCAAGUGCUAUUUCUAUGUUCAUAAUUCUAUAAUAAAACUCCACAGAUCAUUAAUAAUUUGUAUGUUAUUAUAAUUUAUGAGCAAAGGAUAUUUUCUGGUACAAUCUUGGUGCUAAAGAAAGUGAUUACAGUGUUUAUGUAACAUAUUGUUUUUGAACGAAUUUGCCUCUUAGUCCCAAUAAUAGUUCUAACUCGUUGAAGAAACUCCUGUCAAUAUUCUGUACUGCUUGGUGAUCUCCUCAAUAUUUCUUUGUUUGGGGUUAAAGAAAGAACGAUCCUCCUGAUAUUUUGUUGUUUUCCCAUUCAAAUCAAGGUUGGAGCGAGAUGAACAUUGCAGAUUUAUUUUUUUUAUUUUCCUCAAAAAAUUAUUAGAGUAAAAUCGGAUACUGAAACAGAUACAUAUUUUUUAAUCUAUAGAAAAAAACCUCUCAUAGACAAGUUAUGAUAUCAUCUAUCGUAAUCAUGAAAGUGCAUGCCUUGGAACACACCAAUGAGCUUGGCCUGUAAAUUUUUCUUUACAUAUUUAUCUUAUUAUCACCUCUCUUGCUAGGUGAGGGAAUCAAAGACGAGGUGGACUUUAGGCACCUAAAGAACUGGAGCUGGGCAGUUGGUUAUAGAGUAGGCUCGGGCACUCCUUUGAGGCCUUCAUUCAAUGUUAGCCUUGAGUUAGCUGCAAAUUCAGAGGUUCUCUUUCUUUCUCUUCUACGAUUCACCUUCCUUGCAUUUUCUUGGGCAAUUAAUUGGAUUUUUGAAGAUUAUAUGCAUUUGAUCAUAUUCCUGCAUAAUUCUCUUUUCUAAAAUAACGUGGAAUAAACUCCCCAUUUAAUCGUCUUUGAUUUUUUCUUCAACCCUGGACUGUCAUUUAGCUUCAAAUUCAGAGCUACACCUCCCUUCCAUUUUGUUGAGCAAUUAAUUGGCUUUUGGAAGAUUGUAUGCAUUUGAUCAUAUUCUUAUCUAAAAUAACGUGGAAUAAACUCCCAGUUUAAUCGUCUUUGAUUUAUCAUUAAUCACUGAUUUCUAGAGGGCGAUUACACUACCUUGUGGUUGACUUUAUGUUAUGGCACUGCGCACACCCUUCUCCCCUUACAUGCCUACAAUGGUGAUUGACCUGGUAACUUACAAUAUAGACAGGCUCUUAUUUAUUUUUAUUUUAAUCUUUAUUUUUUAGGAAAAUCAGACCCUUUUGUAGCUAUUCUCUCUCUAACUGAGAACACGCAUAUGAUCGGAUCCAAUAGGGCAUCUGUGCAUAGAAAUCCUUUACCUCGGAAGAGAUUGUGGAAGAAUUUCUCUUGGCAUGAACACCAACACCUGUAAGUCAGCUGCGAGGUUUAGAUCGAGCAUACUCCUCUCCCAAUUCUCUCACCGACACUGGUAAGUGCCCUGCUGUUGGGGAUCGGAUCCAUUUUGUUUUCUGCAGCUCUUCCCCCAACAGGAUCUCCCUACUAAUCACGCUUGAAUGGAUCAUGCUUUUUUUCUCUUACACUGCACAUUAAUCCAUUGGUGUUCAGAUGCUCAUGUUGAUCGAUCAUGUGCUCCAAUUGCAGUUGACUGCAUCCUUUUAUCAGCAUGUCGUCGUCCAAAGAAGGGUAUGGGUUCCUGUUCAUUUCUGUGGCUUAUGGCAUCUAACUGGUUUCUUCCUGUACAAAAUCAUGAGAUAUUUUGGUAGUUGACCGAUUCACUGCCAGGAUGAAGAGCCUCAGCUCACCAUGUUUGCUGGGUUGACCUCCUCCCAACAGCUUAACCGGGCCUGAUGAGCGAUCUUCAGGGACAGCUUAGACCUGGAGAAUUCCUGCAGAUUCCAUAGAUUUCGUGGAUAAUGUUCAUUCUGAUGAUCACUAAUUGGAUUUCUCACAGAUCUUGACGUCUCUCUUAUUAGGAAUUUUUUUCCCACUUUGUGUAUCUUGGUGUGUGAGAAGAUAAAAAUUGUCCCUGUUUUCUUCAAACAGGUUCAAAACCCAUUUGAAGCGAGCCAAGUAGUGGGGAUCACAAAUUAUAUCGACUUUGGCUUUGAGCUGAAGACAAGGUUUGACUUUUGAUUUCCAUUUCUAGUCAAAGUCUCCGAGAAACAAAAAAAAAGAAGGAAGGGAUCUGAGUCAUAAUUUCAUUGUUACCCAAGGUUCAAAGAACAUAAGUCAACUGCUAGCGUUGACCGAUCUACCUUUCAAGUGGCUGCAUCUUGGCAAGCCAAUAAGAACAUCCUGCUCAAGGUAGUGGAUCCCUGCGUAUGGCAGACCUUGUUCUUGAUGAUUAGGCUUGAAGAUGGUACAUAUCAUCCCUUCACCUUGAUCACAUCUUCAGGGAAAGAUCGGUCCUUCUCUCUCCUCCAUGGCUCUGGCGUUUAAAUCUUGGUGGAGACCUUCCUUCACGUUCAGCAUUACAGGUGCAGCUCCUCGCGUGAUUUUCUCUCUCUACCCUUGUGAAGAUCUUUUGACCGAACGCCAUAUUCUGUCUGUGACGUGGUUCUCUCUCCCUCCAGCCAUCAGUGACCACGCACGCGGCGGCGCCUCCUUUGGGUUUGGUAUCCGGAUCGAGGAUCUGAGAGAAGCUAGGUCUCUGUCUCUCUGUCUCUCUCCAUCUAUCUCUUUCUCUCUCAUCAGAGAACAAGAGGAUGUGACGACCGAUUCUGCUGCUUCUGCUCUGUCUCUCUCUCUCUCUACAGUUAUGAGAGGGCCGAUCCGAAUUAUGUGAUGCUGACACCGAGCAAGGAGCACCUGGCAGAAGGGGUUCUUAAGAAAUUCGGGUCGCAGCCGAUGUUUCAGUCGAAGGUUGACUCUGGGGACUUUGACAACUUGCCCACAGAGCUGAAGCCCUUCGAGAGAAUCAUCUGA